UUUUUCUUUUUCAUUUUCAAGUACAGUUCUUCCCCUUCUUUUUAUGAUCAUUAAAGAUCAUAGCUUUUAUGCUUGUUUCUGUCCAAGUUUCUUGAUUUCAAGUGGGUUUCAUUUACUGUUUCUUCUGCUGUUGUUCAACUCUGAUUUGUGUGAAUUUGGUUUGUGCCCUUAUAGAAUUCCCUGAUUCAUGUUUUAUGAGUUUUUUCUUCACUUUAAUUCUCCUGAAGUGUACGGUUGGAAAAUUCUUUUAAAAAAAUUCUCUUUGAAGUGUACUGUUGGAAAAUUCUUCGUUUAACUGACUGGUUGCUUAAAGUCUACAACUUGUUGGCAUCAAUUAAUUGAGCACUUCUCACUUUUAGACUUGCAUGAUGCUUGCUUUCAGACUUCAAUUGUGAGGUUGACGACCAUUUUUUUAAUGGUUAUAUGCUUAAAAAGGCUGGAUUUUACUUGUAUUCUGCUACUACACUGCUAAUAAUUUUUAAUUUUAGUAGAGUUCACUUGAUACUUGAUUGCUUGUUGAUUUUUGGGGGUGAUAUGCCUCGUCAAGUUCUUUUAGGGAGGUUACAUGUUGUUUUGACUUUGGAUUGUUUCAAAAUUUUACUUCAGGAGUUUAAUUCGACUUUAAGUACUAUUGAAAUCAGAUCACUUGACAGCAUUUUCAGAAAGAUUCUUCCCAUUUUUAAGCUAGUUUGAAUGCUUUUAAAAUGUCUUCUUAGGUUGUUCUUCGAGUCCAUGGUGCCUGUUAUUGAGAAUUUGUUUUUUGUUUUUUGUUUUUUUUGGCUAAUCAUCACAUAACAUGCUAUCAAUGGACAUUAUUUUGUGGCGGUUCCCCUUUUUUUUGGUUUAUCAAAUGAUUGACUUCUUCAUUAUUUGAUUUUAGUUCCCCUUAGAAUUAUCUUGGAGUACUUUAGGAAAAGUUUACUUCCGUUUUAUGUUUCCGUAGUCAAUACUUAGGAAGCAACGCUUGUUAGUUGAAUUCAUCGGGGGCAUUUACUCGAGCUUUAUCAUUGCUAAAUAUCACGAGCUUCAAUAUUUUGUAUGUGAUGACUAGAAUCCAUGAAUAUGAAGAUUUAUCUGGGAUAUAAUCACAUCUUUGAAAUUGGAAUUUGGGGUUUAGUUUAUUCACUUACAUUACGUUGUCUGGUAAAUGACAGGUCAGAAAAGGCUUUUUCCACUCCAGUCAUGGAUACUAAUUCACUUCUUAAAGAUCAGAAAGAAAAACCAAGUCUUCUUGUUGAGGUUGCUAAUUUAGAAAAACAGCUGUGGACACUAGUCCAUACGAGAGGUCUUUUGUACUCCAAUGUUCAAGACUUGUAUCGAAAAAUAUGCUCUAGUUAUGAGAAAUUAAUUCUCAGUGAUCACAGACUGGAGGAGCUUCAAGAUACUGAAUAUUCUCUGUGGAAGCUUCACUAUAGACAUAUUGAUGAAUUUCGUAAACGAAUAAAGAAAUUUUCUGCUAACAGGGAGACUAUAACGUUUGUGACACCACAAAGUAAGUUGGCUGCACAGAGAAGCAGUGAUAACCAUGUUGAUGGAUUUAAAUCAUUUCUGUCUGAAGCAACUGAAUUUUAUCAAAAUCUUUUCUUCAAAAUCAAAAGAUAUUAUGGUCUCCCAGAAGAUUUUUCCUUCCAUAGAAACGGUGGCAAUUCUGCUUCCCCUGAGCCCAACAAAAUGCAGAAACUACAAUUUUUAUGCCAUCGCUUUUUAGUUUGUCUGGGGGAUCUUGCUAGAUACAGAGAACAAUGUGAAAAAUCUGACACGCAGAACCACAAGUGGUCAGUUGCAGUCGCUCAUUACUUGGAAGCAACAAUAAUUUGGCCCGACAGUGGAAACCCCCAAAAUCAGUUGGCAGUGUUGGCAACAUAUGUCGGUGAUGAGUUCCUAGCUUUGUACCACUGCAUAAGAAGUUUAGCUGUUAAAGAUCCUUUCCCUGAUGCAUGGAAUAACCUUAUUUUACUGUUUGAAAGAUUCUCAGUUGAUUUUGUGGUUUUCCAGAACAGGUCAUCUCAUUUACAUUACCUUUCUAGUGAGGCCUGCUUUGAUUUCUUACGACCAUCUGAAAGUAGCGUCUGGACUGAAGCACAAUCCGCUAAUGAUUUUUUGAAUUGCAAGCCUCUGAAAGCUGAAGAUGAAGGCUCAAGGGAGACACAUUUAUGGCCUCUAAUCAUUAGAACAAUAAGUUUCUUCUUCAUAAAAUCCAGUUUUGAGGACUUUCCUUGUACUUUUGCAUCUACUAUUAAAGAGCUGGAUGUGUUGAUGGCACUAGAUGAUGCAACGUUAAAAACUGCAAUGGAGUCAUAUCAGCAUAUGAAUUCAGCCAGGAGUGGUCCUUUUAGAACCCUUCAAUUUAUCUCAUUACUCAUCUUUGUCAUUGAGAAUCUAAUAAAUAUCCCAGAUGAAAAAGAUUCAAAGGGUAAAACUGAAGUCCAUCAAAUUGCGUUAAUACAAGCUGCAGUGGCUGCUUCAUUCAUUUUCAUGGGACGUCUUACUGAUAGAUGUUUGAAGGCAGAUUUGUUGGACUCUUGCCCACUUUUACCAGCUUUGCUUGUUUUUGUGGAGUGGUUAGCUCGUAUUCUUGAUGAACUCGAAACACAUGGAUCUGAUGAUAAAAGUACAAGUUCUAUGUCUUAUUUCUUUGGAGUGUUUCUUGAACUUUUGAAUCAGUUUGACAUUAAUAGUGGUGAAGUCGAGCCUCCACACAGUAUUGCUCUUUGGGAAGACUACGAGUUGAGAGGCUUUGCACCAGUAGCUCAUUCACAGGUGCCAUUAGAUUUUACAAGUCAUUGGGGACACAGAGACAGUUUUGAAACUGGAACUCGAUACCGUGCGAAUCGCAUCAUUGAUGCUGCAAUGAAGAUUGCAGAUAGAACAAACAAUAGUCACAAGUGGAUCUUCUAUGAUAAAUCUGGAAGAAGAUUUUCUGUUGCUGAAUCAAAUAAAUUUCAAGACAGGAAAGAGCUGGAAAAGAUGGGGUCUGCUAGUACUGUUGUUCAAGAGAAAGAUCCCAACCAGCAAAUUUUACAAUCAACAGAAAAAAGUGAGAAGGUAAUCCUUGAGGAGAAACCAAGUAGCCCUGUUGUGAAUGGAAAAUCCAUUUCAUUAGAGGAGGAAGAAGUCAUUCUCUUCAAGCCACUCACAAGAUACAAUUCUGCACCACUUUAUAGGUCUAUCACCUCCAAUGAUCAAACACCUUCAGAAGACACUGGGGACCAGGUCGUGCCUGCUGAUGAAUGCUUGCGACGUGCUACGUCACUACUAAUAGCACAAAACCAGCGGCAGGGUGAUCCUUCAGCAUUCCAUUCUGACCUCACCAAUUUCAGGUGCAUCAAACCAGUGAAACAGCAGGAGCCUCCCCUAAAGGAUACAGCAGACCACCUGGUUUCAGAAGCUCCUAACUCUCAUGGGACUCCGUCUCUCAGCACCUCCAUUUCUGCUGGGCCACCCUCACUCAAUGCUUGGGUUCUCAAUAGAGGUUUGAGCAAUGAAAGGGUGAAAGGUAAAGGUGACAUGAGUAGACAUAGCUUGGCACCUAUUCAGGAAAUGGCUUCAGCAUCCAUGAAUGAUCUCUCUAUCAGUGAAACUGACUCUGUAAUUAGUUCCACGCAUGAACAUUUGACCCCACAUUACUCUUCUCCUCCUUAUUCAGCUCCAGUGCCGUCUGCCCCAUUUCUUCCUGAUGAUGCUGUGUGGCUUAAUGGCAUCCAAUCUACUUUCACUGACUACAAUAGCUCGGGAACUAUCAACAGAACUAAUUCUAAUUAUUUUGACACAUCUCAAGUGAGUGGCUAUUCAAAUUGGACUGGUUCUCAUCAACCUCUUCAUCACGGUCCUGGAAUUCCAGGCUUCAUGGAUGCAUACACACCAGUGCGUCGAAUGACUUCUUCUGAAUGGCUUCGUCAGUACAGGGAAAGUCAGAAUCCUGAGCGCACCACUAGUCACUUAUGGCCAGUACAUUCUUACACCAUUGGGAACACUGGAAACUUCCACGACAUAUCCAGGUCCGGUCUUUUUAAUCAGUGGGCAACUCCUGUGGCUUCUAAUCAAUUGGUUUAUGAAGGGAGCCCGCCAAUGCUUCCAGGUUUUCCUCCUGUUCAUGGAACUGAUGAUCAAAGGAACAAAUUCUUUUAUGGUUAUCAAAGACCGAACCCUUAUGGAUGUGGUGGCAUGAAUGAGCCAGAACCACUCUUGCAGUAUCUCAAGGAGAAAGAAUGGCUGCUCCAGCAGGAUCCAACGUUCAGAGGUCCUACAUAUAUGGGAAGUUGAAAUUGUCAUGCGAGAUGGCUGAUAUGAGCAUUGCACAUAGCUGCAUACCUUCAAUAUGGGAACCUCAUUCAGCCUGUAAUGAUCCAUAGGUGAUAACUGUUCAUUUGUUAGUUGUUAACAUGUAAUAUGUGUUAAUGUGUGUGCAUAUGUAACCAUUCUUCCAGAAGAAGAGCUCAAGAAACUCCGUAGAAAAAUUCUCAUCUGUAGGAUUAUAUAUAUGGGAACUUCAUUCAGCCUGUAAUGAUCCAUAGGUGAUAACUGUUCAUUUGUUAGUUGUUAACAUGUAAUGUGUGUUAAUGUGUGUGCA